CGGAGCGAGUCGGCACCAACAACCAGCGCCGGCUGCUGCCCCCCCCCCCCGCCUCCCCUCCUCCAACCCUCCAACCCUCCCUCCUGAGUGCAGAGCCGGCGCAGGGCCAGGAGACAGUAGCCCUGCGGUGCGCGCACAGCGACAUGGCCUCCGACGGCUUGGACGAGCGAUCGCCGCUGCUCUCCGGUCCCAACUCCGAGAGCGUCACCCCGGCUGCUCCCCCGUACCUGCAGGAGUCAAGUCCACGAGCCGAACUACCUCCUCCCUACACAGCCAUCGCGAGCCCCGAUGCUGGCGGCGUACCUGUCAUCAACUGCCGCGUAUGUCAGUCGCUCAUAAAUCUGGAUGGAAAGCUGCAUCAGCACGUGGUGAAGUGCACGGUGUGCAAUGAAGCUACGCCCAUCAAAACCCCCCCAACAGGGAAGAAAUAUGUGAGGUGUCCCUGUAACUGCCUGCUUAUCUGUAAAGACACAUCAAGGCGGAUAGGAUGUCCUCGACCAAACUGCAGACGGAUAAUCAACCUGAGCCCCGUGAUGGUUAUCCCAGAGGAGCAACCUGCCCAACCGGCCCUGCCCAUCCAACCUGAGGGGAUGAGGGUGGUCUGCGGUCACUGUGGCAACACCUUCCUCUGGAUGGAGCUUCGGUUUAACACGCUAGCCAAGUGUCCCCACUGCAAAAAAAUAUCCUCUGUCGGCAGUGCGCUGCCUAGGAGGCGUUGUUGUGCUUAUAUAACUAUAGGAAUGAUUUGCAUUUUCAUCGGAGUGGGUUUAACGGUUGGGACUCGGGACUUUGCCAGUCGUUACAAUGCCACCUACGUGUCGUGGGCGUUCGCCUACCUGCUGGGUCUCAUCUGUCUGAUACGAGCCUGCUACUGGGGCGCUAUUAAAGUCAGCUAUCCGGAGAAUAGCUUUGCCUAGAACGGACUUGGCGUGACUGGAUCAACGAACCCCAGUUUUACUUUUUAUUCAUCCGGGUGUCACACUGGUCAUGUUCAGUUGAGGGGAAUGCCUGCAGAGCGUGUGGACAGAGUUGAAGAGGAGUUGUGUGUGUGUGUGUGUGUGUUUGAAGAGGUGUAUGUUGGAGAUGUAUCUAAAAUAAUGCUGUUUUGUUUUUGGAAUGUUUUUAGAUUUAUGACUCGCUGAACAAGCUUAAUGUAUGUUGAGUCCUCCUCCUACUAGCCGCAAGCACUCAAAUCCUGCCCAGGUUUUUGCCGAAAUCCUUCAGAAUCCAGAAUAAACUUUAUUCUCUGAAAAUGGCAACAAAAUGUUCAAAAAAAAAAAAAAACUGUUUGGAUUUGGUCUUUUCUAGAACUUUUUGGUUUUGUUGUUCAGCACUUCAUUUAUUUUACUGACCAGACCAAAAUGAGACAACCCCCUAAGAACAGUUUGCCCUUUGCACUGCUAUUAUAUGCAAUUGUAUCUGUUGUUUUGCUGCUAGUUCAACUCCCGCUAUAGAAAGCUGCAUACCCAUACUGUAUUGUAACCAUUUAUCUUGCCUGUGUGUACACUAAUAUAGUAUUGCUAUAUGAUUUUAACUCUCUAAAUUAUCCAUUUUUAAAGAAAAUCUUUAAUACACAUUUGUGCCGACUAUGCUGCCCAGAAUUGGUCAAGAAGAGCAAAAGAUCAACAGGAGCUUGUCUUUUAGAAAAAAAAGAUCAGUUUUUGUUUUUGUUGCCAUGCAGAUUUGAACUCACUAGAGCAAUAACCCUUUCAUUUGAGAUAUUUUUAACCGUAAUUACCUUUUUGUGUUUUUACAGCAGUUUUGUUGCCUUCUCAAUGUUGAAAUAUGAUCUCAAUACACGGUGACUCAUGUUUGCAUGUUGAUUUGCUUUUCCUGCGUCGCUGAGGGUGCUUUUGUCCGCUUUCAAAGAGCUAGCUGAAGCUUAUGAUGCUCUUGUCUUUGCUCCGUCUGCCUGUGAGUUAGAAUGUAAACCCUCCUCCUCCUCGUUCUCCCUCUGCUUAUUAUCGCCACACUGCGACCUCCAGUGAACUCUGUGCUGGCAUCGCUGUAGGCUGACUCCGCUUCCUGUCUCUUCACCUCGACCAGCUCAAACUUCUAACCUUGUUUUGAAUGUGUAUUAUGAUGACGACGCUGAUGAUGAAGAAUAAACAAACUCUUUGUACAUAGUUCAAAUUCUGUACUUAGACUGUAGUGAGGGGCGAAAGCAAAAGAUGGCUAGUGGAUCUUUUUCAAAAUGAUAAUUUAUCAAUAAAAUGCAAAAAACUGCC